UUUUGGGGCCCCCGGAGGAGCCGCGAUGGAGCCCCGGGAGCUGCUGGUGCUGCUGGGGACAGCCCUGCUGUGCCGUGCCCUGGAUCUCGAGUCCCCGCUCGUUUUCCGCGGCGACGCCGACGCCGAGUUCGGGGCCAGCGUGGCGCAGUUCGGGAGCGGCGCGGACGGCUGGGUCCUGGUCGGGGCGCCCCUGGCGCGCGGCCCCGGCGCCAACGACUCCGGCUCCGUGUUCCGCUGCGGGCUCCGGUCCGGGGAAUGUGAGCAGCUGCAGGUCAGAGGCCCCUCCGGAGCCGUCAAUUCCUCGCUGGGCUUGGCGAUGGCGGCCGGGGACGACUCGGUGCUGGUGUGCGGCCCCACCUGUCCCCGGGUGUGCGGGGCCAACGUCCACCUGAGCGGCUUCUGCGUCCGGCUGGACACGGCGCUGCGGCCACAGGGCAGCCUGCCCGAGAAACUGCCCGAGUGCCCGCCGCUGUCGAUGGACAUCGCGCUCCUGGUGGACGGCUCCGGCAGCAUCGUCCCCCGCGAUUUCCAGACCAUGCUGCGGUUCCUGGCCGAGGUCAUGCGGCGAUUCCGGGGCUCGGACGCGCAGUUCUCCCUUGUCCAGUACUCCUACGCCUUCCGUGUCCACUUCUCCUUCCGGGAUUUCCGGCGCUCCCGGGACCCCGUCCGGCUCCUGGCCGGAGUGCGGCAGCUGACCGGCACCACGCGCACGGCCUCGGCCAUCAAGUUCGUGCUGGAGAACAUGUUCGUGUCCAGCGCGGGGGCGCGGCCGGACGCCCGGCGGAUCCUGGUCGUGGUGACCGACGGCGAGAAGACGGACGACAGGCUGGAGUACUCGGACGUGAUCCCCGCGGCCGAGCGCAUGGCGGUCACUCGCUACGCCAUCGGGGUGGGGCAGGCGUUCAGCUCGCCGUGGGCGCAGCAGGAGCUGGACGCCAUCGCCUCGGCCCCGCCAGGUGAGCACGUGUUCCGCGUCGACAACUUCGACGCCCUGGCCAGGAUCCACACCCAGCUCCAGGAGAAGAUCUUCGCCAUCGAGGGUACGCACUCCGCCCACAGCAGCUCCUUCCAGCUGGAGAUGGCUCAGGAGGGGUUCAGCGCCGCCCUGACCCCGGCCGGGCCGGUGCUGGGCGCGGUCGGAGCCUUCGAUUGGUCGGGGGGGGCGUUCGUCUACGGCGGGGGAGGGGCGGCCACCUUCGUCAACGGGACUCACCUGGGCACACCUGGAGCUCACCUGGGCGACGGCGAGGACGCGAGGGACGCUUACCUGGGUUACUCGGCCGCGGUCGUGCCCCUGGGCCGCACCUGGGGGCUGGCUCUGGGCGCGCCCAGGUACGCUCACCUGGGCAGGGUCCUGGUGCUGCAGCCCGGGAGCACCUGGACGGUUCGGGCGGCGGCCAACGGCACUCAGGUGGGCUCCUACUUCGGGGCGUCGCUGCUGGCGCUGCAGCCCUGCCCAGGUGAGCCCCGCCCAGGUGAGCCCCGCCCAGGUGAGGCCCUGAAGCUCCUGGUGGGGGCGCCCCUGUUCUACGGGGGGGGCAGCGGCGGCCGCGUGCACCUGUGCGAGCUGCAGGGACAGAGCGCUCACCUGAGCUGUGCCCUGUCCCUGCGGGGCUCACCUGGGCAGCCCCUGGGCCGCUUCGGGGCCAGCCUGGCUCACCUGGGCGACCUGGACGGGGACAGGUGCGCCGAGGUGGCCGUGGGGGCGCCGCUGGAGGACGACGGGCGCGGCGCCGUUUACCUGUUCAGGGGCGCACCUGGCGGGCUCAGAGCCGAGGGAGUGCAGCGCAUCCCCGGCUCCGCCUUCCCGUCCCAGCCGCGAUUUUUCGGCCGCUCCCUGAGCGGGGGCCGCGACCUGAGCGGGGAUCACCUGCCCGACCUGGCCGUGGGCGCGCGGGGACAGGUGCUGCUGCUCAGGUCGCCCCCGCUGCUCCAGGUGCGCCUCCAGGUGUCCUUCGAGCCCCAGGUGAUCCCGGCGGCCGCGGUCGAGUGUCCCGAGGGGGAGGAGCUGCGGGCGCACCUGGCCACGGCAAAAAUCUGCUUCCAGGGGAAGAAAAUAACUCAGGAUAAUUAUGGUCCAGCCGUGUCUCUGUCCCUGUGGUUCCUGGCCGAGCUGGACCCCGGCCGCGCCCACGGCCGCGCCGAUUUUGGGGAGAAUUCGGCCCAAAACGGGAGCGUCCGGGUGGGGGAGGGGCGGCAGUGCCGGAGCCUGGAGAUCCGAGCCAAGGGGUGUCCCCGGGACACGCUGACCCCGCUGACCCUGAGAGUGACCCUGGGGGGGAGGGGCGACCCCCUGCCGGGGGGGGGAGGGCUCCGGACACGGCUGGGACCCGGCUCGGACACCGCGGUGACGUCACUGCUGCCGUUCGAGCACGACUGCGGCGCCGACAACGCCUGCGAGGACGAGCUGGGGCUGCGGCUCAGCACCGCGGGGGUGCUGGUGGUGGGCGAGGGCGACGCGCUGGAGCUGACGCUGACCCUGAGCAACAGCGGCGAGAGCUCCUUCGGCCCGGGGGUGCUGCUGGAGCACCCGGGGGCGCUGAGCUUCCGCAAGGUCCAGGUGCUCCAGGACUCUCGCCGUUCCGGGUCCCUGCUCUGUCACUCGGAGCCGCCCGAGGGGCGGGGCCGGCGCUCGCUGUGCCAGGUGCAGCCACCGGUGCUGCGCAGGGGGGGACAGGUGACAUUCAAGCUCACCCUGGACGUGCCCCCGGACGCCGAGCUCGGGGACAUCCUGGAGGUGACGGCCAACGCCACCAGUGAAAAUGGCGGCUCAGGUGGGCGGAGCCAGAGCGCGACGAUCCCGGUCAGGUACCAGGUGCUGCUGGUGCUCGCCAGCGCCGCCGACUCCACGCGUUACCUGAACGUCUCCAUGGGCGGCGCCGCCCCCGCCCCCACCCCCGUCAGCCACCACUACCAGGUGAAGGUCCUGGGCCAGCGCGGCCUCCCGGCCAACGUCACCUUCCUGGUCCCCUCCCGCCUGGGCCAGGAGCAGCUCUGGGAGCACCUGGAGGUCACACCUGAGCAGGUGACGGUCACACCUGGGCAGGAGCAGCCGCGGUGCCAGGAGGGACCCGAACACCCAGGCCACGCCCAGGACACACCUGGAGCACACCUGGGCCAGGCCCAGGACAGCCCCGCACACCUGGUGUGUCCCGGCCUCACCUGCCGCGAGUUCCGCUGCUCCGUGCCUCACCUGAGCCCCCCCCGCACCUGGGACUUCCGCGUGGGCGGGACACUGCGGCUGGGAUGGGUCGGACAGCUGCAGCAGCCCAAGCUCCACCUGUUCACCUCAGCCCAGGUGAGCUUCGACCAGCGGCGCUACAAGAACACCUGGGGGAGCAACGAGCUGCAGGUGCAGACGGAGCUGGAGCAGGUGCUGACCCCCAACCCCCUCCCCCUGAUUUUGGGGGCGUCCCUGGGGGGGCUCCUCCUGCUGGGGCUGGUGGCGCUGGGGCUCUACAAGGUCGGGUUUUUCCGCCGCCGGUACCAGGAGAUGCUCGAGGGCUCCGAGACCCCCGGGGACGCCCCCGGGGAGCCCCAGGAACCCCCAAAAUCUGAAUAAAAACCCCAAAAUUUGAAUAGAAAA